CUCUUUGACGUUCGAAACCUGUCCUGACGUAUAAACACGAAUCAAACUCGAAUUAGAGUUGUAGAAUACAAAUCUCUCUUAAAGAUGGGCGUUUUGAGGCUUUCCAUGAGAGAGGAAUGCAAGUCCAUCUUCCUUUCUUCAGUUACCUACCGCAGACCGGGGGAGAGAAAGACAAGUUCGUCUUGAACACAGGCAUUCGGAGCUUUGUCCCACUCUUACCGUGUCCGAGUGAAUCCAACAAACAUGUUAGGUGCCACGCUAUGUCACCAUGCCAGCCCAACCCCACUUCCUCUGGUACGGCAGCCAAAAGCGAGCGCCACAGCCCUCAUGUGGUGCUGCACGAUAUUGACAAUGCGAGGGAGAUGGAUGUGGACGGGGACGAGCCAGGUCUUGUGGAGACCUGGACAAGCAGUCCGUGCUCGCAGAAGAAAGUACCGAACAGUACUAUCGGUGCUUGAUCUACCAGAGCGAGGACGAGAAUUAUAAAUAUGGGCUCUUUUCACUGGCGUCUUCUUGCUGGGAAAUGCUGCUGUUUUCAUGCUCAUCUGAGUUUAAUUACUCUCUCUCCUGGAAAGAAGAAGAUCAUGGAUAUUAAUUACGUUAACGGGAUCAUAAACAGCGCCGAAGGAUGGUAGAAGACUGCAAAAGAGAGUCAGAAGCAGAGAGAGAGAGAGAGAGAGAGAAAGAGAGAGAGUCCUGUCUCUAUAUCUGCUGGAAGAGUAGCAAGGGUCUGAGAGAGCUGGCAAAAGGGCGGUAGGCCGGGAGUGCGGUGAUGGGAGGAGUCGACACCACCACCACCUUCGCCCCUUCCUUCCAUCUCCUCAACCCCAAAUCCCAUCUCAGCCUCCUCCAUGAUCAAGUUGACGACAACAAGAAGAAGAGGAACCACUCCGAAGACGAUGCUAACGGCGACGACCGCUCCUCCAGCGCCGACGACUUCGUUGAAGCCGGCUCCGGCGGCUGCAGCUCCGGGCGGCGCCCACGUGGCCGGCCGCGCGGGUCCAAGAACAAGCCGAAGCCGCCCGUCAUCGUCACGCGCGAGAGCCCCAACGCGCUCCGCUCCCACGUCUUCGAGGUCGGCAGCGGGGCCGGCAUCAUGGACACGAUCGCCACCUUCGCCCUCCGGCGCCGGCGCGGGGUCGCGAUCCUCAGCGCCAGGGGCGCCGUCACCGACGUUAAGCUCCGACAGCCGGACGCGCCGCCGGGAUCCGUGGUGGCGCUCCCUGGCAGGUUCGAGAUCCUCUCUCUUUCGGGGGCAUUCCUCCCGGCACCAGCGCCGUCGGGCGCCACCAGCCUGUCAGCGUACCUGGCCAGGGGGCAGGGCCGGGUGGUGGGCGGGAGCGUGGUGGGGGAGUUGGUGGCCUCGGGACCGGUGGUGAUAAUAGCAGCCACGUUCGCAAACGUUAUCUACGAGCGGCUGCCUCUCCCUGACGACGAGCAGCCGGUAGGGACAGAGCAAAGUAAAGGAGGCAACGGCGCGAGCGAUGACAGCUUCUCAGCUGCGGAUCCGUCGUCCAUGUCGCUCCCAACCGAUCUGCUGCGCCAUGGCAAGCAAGAUGUGUUCGGCGCAUGGGCUUUGGCGAGUUCUCGUCCGCCGCUCUCCUAUUGGUAGAACUCUUCGGCCGACACUACGCCGCCCGAGAAGUGGAAUGAGAACUCAGCGCCUGUUUCAUCUCUUCUGCAAGAUCGGAUCUCACGAACUUUGAUGUACACUAUUGCAUGUAAUCGAAUGUUUUCGUUUCA